AUGGACUUCCGUAUUUCAGCCGGAGUUACGUUUUUCCGCUCUGGGCGAAGAACGCCUUCUUCUUGGCUGCUUCUCGGUGACGAGGCAGCUUACGACUCACAAGAUUUGUAUGGGCAUGCGAUCUCUGUCGGCUCAACAUUCAUCCGUUCCGGGUACUGGCUCAUCGUCCAGAACAUCCAGAACAUCCAGCUUAUCAAUGACGGUGUCCUGAAGCAUCUAGGCACCAAGAACGAGGCGAAAUGCACAUCCGAGCGCUCGUUCUGCUCGAAUUGCAGCACGAUGCUGUGGAAUUACGAUGCCGAGUGGCCGGAGCUGAUUCAUCCUUUUGCGUCGGCGAUUGAUAAGGAGUUGCCGGUGCCGGAGGAGAUGGUGUGUAUUUUGGAGGGGAGCAAGCCGGAGUGGGUGCGGUGGCCGGAGGGGAAGAAGGUCGUGGUUAAGCAGUAUCAUCUUAGUUUGGAGAACUGGCAUAGGGAGAAGGGGUUGUAUGUUUGA